GACGGAUUUUCAACAAAAAAUAAUUGCAAAAAAUAUUUACACUUUUUGUGACAUUUAAUUGAAACUCAUUUUCAAUGAUCUGCUCAUCGCUUGCAUAACACUCGCAAAGUAUAGCCCAUUAUCUGCGGAACAGCGGAGGUGGUGGCCAUCGAAAGUCAUGGAUCAGUCGGUCACACAAAUCCGUGACUUAAAGCACGGCUUGAAAGGCGUAAAUCUGAUCGCAAUUGUCUUGGAAGUAGGUCGUCCCAACAUCACCAAAGAGGACCACGAGAUCAGGACGUGUAAGAUAGCCGACAGAAGCGGUUCCAUCAACAUCUGCGUGUGGGAUGAGCCGGGUCUUCAUCUACAGCCGGGAGACAUCUGUCGUAUCGUCAAAGGGUAUACGUCUCUCUGGAAGGGCUGUCUGACGGUCUAUACCGGAAAAGUGGGUAAAAUCCAGAAGAUUGGCGACUAUUGUCUGGUCUUCUCGGAGGUGCCAAACAUGAGUGAUAUCAACCCGGAGUUCCCGCAACAGAUACCAAACAAAUGACACUUUCAUUUGUGGUUAGAUUUGCUUUUUUAUCAAUUGUUUGCAUCUAAUUAUGCGUUGAUUAUCGUUAACCACAACCGCUAUAUUAAGACCACAUCCAGUCUUAAUACACGAUAUAAUGACUAUAAUUACGAAUGAAAUUCAAUGAAUAUUUAAUAAUUGUAUUAAUGAGUCAAUCGUAAGAUCCAUAGUAAAGAUUUCCAUCG